AUGGAGAAUGAGAUUGAAAACGACUCCACUCUACUGAUAAGCCUGCAAGGACUUUCCCUUGCAGAGGAUCUUGACAUGCGUUGCGAAAUACCGGACGAAACAAUAGAAAUAAUGGAAUUGGAUUCGGAUCGGGAAAUUAAUCCGUCAGGCUAUAACGACGAGUCUAUGGAGAGUGAGAUUGAAAACGACGAAUCCACUCUACUGAUAAGCCUGCAAGGACUUUCCCUUGCAGAGGAUCUUGACAUGCGUUGCGAAACACCGGACGAAACAAUAGAAAUAAUGGAAUUGGAUUCGGAUCGGGAAAUUAAUCUGUCAGGCUAUAACGACGAGUCUAUGGAGAGUGAGAUUGAAAACGACGAAUCCACUCUACUGAUAAGCCUGCAAGGACUUUCCCUUGCAGAGGAUCUUGACAUGCGUUGCGAAACACCGGACGAAACAAUAGAAAUAAUGGAAUUGGAUUCGGAUCGGGAAAUUAAUCUGUCAGGCUAUAACGACGAGUCUAUGGAGAGUGAGAUUGAAAACGACGAAUCCACUCUACUGAUAAGCCUGCAAGGACUUUCCCUUGCAGAGGAUCUUGACAUGCGUUGCGAAACACCGGACGAAACAAUAGAAAUAAUGGAAUUGGAUUCGGAUCGGGAAAUUAAUCUGUCAGGCUAUAACGACGAGUCUAUGGAGAGUGAGAUUGAAAACGACGAAUCCACUCUACUGAUAAGCCUGCAAGGACUUUCCCUUGCAGAGGAUCUUGACAUGCGUUGCGAAACACCGGACGAAACAAUAGAAAUAAUGGAAUUGGAUUCGGAUCGGGAAAUUAAUCUGUCAGGCUAUAACGACGAGUCUAUGGAGAGUGAGAUUGAAAACGACGAAUCCACUCUACUGAUAAGCCUGCAAGGACUUUCCCUUGCAGAGGAUCUUGACAUGCGUUGCGAAACACCGGACGAAACAAUAGAAAUAAUGGAAUUGGAUUCGGAUCGGGAAAUUAAUCCGUCAGGCUAUAACGACGAGUCUAUGGAGAGUGAGAUUGAAAACGACGAAUCCACUCUACUGAUAAGCCUGCAAGGACUUUCCCUUGCAGAGGAUCUUGACAUGCGUUGCGAAACACCGGACGAAACAAUAGAAAUAAUGGAAUUGGAUUCGGAUCGGGAAAUUAAUCCGUCAGGCUAUAACGACGAGUCUAUGGAGAGUGAGAUUGAAAACGACGAAUUCCACUCUACUGAUAAGCCUGCAAGGACUUUCCCUUGCAGAGGAUCUUGA